GUCUCUUCCUCUUUUUAAGUUAUUCAAAAUCAACAUUGAACAACAUCCAUCAGAAUGGCCCAGGCAAAACAUGCAUCGCAACCCAAACAAACCCAACUCCAAAAACAGCAAAAACAACCCCUCCUCAAACAAUUCACCACCUUCACCAAAACAACCCCCGGCUUCGAACGAUCCCUACGCCUACUCCAAGCCCUCUCCCAAAUCGCCUCAGACCUCUCAACCCACAAUGUCGUAACAGCUACACGAUGGGCGACGGCAAAGUCGCAGAUAGCAUUGACACGCCGCUACUUCCGCUUCCUAAACUUCAUCGACUCGUUCGACCGGGCGUACACCCUUCUCGUGCAUGGCGGCGACGGUGAUGCCGGUACAGUAAGUACGAUGCUUGAACUUGGGAAAUCAAGUGCGUUGGGUAUUUAUGUGUUGCUUGAGAAUUUGACUAUCCUCCACGCAAUGGGAAUAUACCCCCAAACCCCCUGGGCGAGGGAUAUCCAAACCCAAGCAUAUAAAUUCUGGUUCUGGGGUCUUGCGCUGUCUGUUCUUGGGGGUAUAUGGUCGUUGCUUUUCAGCAGUGGCACCAGUGCUCAAUCAAGGAAGAACGAGAAAGUCACUCCACCUAGCACUACGGCUAGCAAGACGCUUAUGAAGCGGGUUAUUGUGGACGGGUGUGACCUUAUGAUCCCCGGGUCGUCGCUUGGGUGGGUUAGUAUGGGGAGUGAGAUUGUGGGGAUGUUGAUGGUUUUGAGUACGGUUGUUUCGAUGGGGGAUGUUUGGAGACGGGCGAAUGGUCUUGGUUAAGUUGGUGGGUGUAUGUAUAGUUGGAGGAUGUUCUAGUCGGGUUGCGGUACUCUAUAGCACUUGGGCAUGGGGUUUGCAGGUGUAUAUAGCCAAGUAUCAGUCUGUGGUUUUUCUGGAAGUUCUUGUUGCAUUGCUUUUGAACAUAAAAUAAAAUAAAAUGCAGCUCCAGUGUC